AUGAAGCUAGGUCGUCGUGAGCAACAGUUCUACUUGUGGUACUUCAUCGUUCACAUUCCUAUCACGGUAUUCAUUGACUCAUCAGUGGUCAUCCCUGCAAAAUGGCAAUUGGCGAUUGCGCAAAAGAUCGUCCAUAACCACAUUACAAAGCAACACGAUUUUCUUCUGUCAGAGAAACCAGAAUGGCUGUACUGGUUUGUAGUUCUUGAACUAGUUCUACAACUUCCCCUUUUUGGCUAUUUCGUCAAUAAACUGUGGAAUCUAAGCGAAUUACAAGUCAACACAGACGCCAAGCUGCAAAAGUGGUUGCGAAUCUACGGUUGGAAUGCCUCACUAACUACACUGAUAUGUAUUAUUGUCAUCUUCAAGCGUGGUUAUAUCCCGGAUGAUGUUUUGAAAACAAGCUUGACCAUGACACAGAAGUGCCAGCUGGCUUCUGUGUACCUGCCCACAUUCUUCAUUCCGUUACGUCUAUGCUCUGUAUAG